CGCUGGUAAGCAACAUGGCGCUGUGUGAGGCGGCGCGCGGCGGGUCGUCCCUGCUCUGGCCGCGGGUGUUGCUCUUCGGAGACUCCAUCACCCAGUUUUCUUUCCAGCAGGGUGGAUGGGGAGCGUCCCUGGCUGACAAGCUGGUCAGGUGAGAAUAGUUUCUGGAUGGACGCCCGAGACUUUGCUGAUGGAAACCGUAACUGCCUCUCAGAGGAGGAAGAGCGCCCGAUGCGCUUCCAAACAGUAUAUUCCUCCUUUCUUUGCCGGCCUGAGCUCGUUAGUGUGUCUCCAGGGUUGGGGGCCAGAAGGAAGGACAGGCAUUCAGGGUUCAGCAGAAGUUCUGCAGGAUGUGAAAUCAAACCCUAAAAGUUGUAGGAAGGAUACCGGGUUUGGAGCCAAACAGAUACAGAAAAUGUGAUGUUCUGAAUCGUGGAUUUUCAGGUUACAAUACCAGAUGGGCCAAAAUCAUCCUUCCAAGAUUAAUCAGGAAAGGGGACAGUCUGGACCGCCCAGUAGCAGUGACAAUUUUCUUCGGUGCCAAUGACAGUGCACUGAAAGAUGAGAAUCCCAAGCAGCACAUCCCCCUGAACGAGUACGUGGCGAAUCUAAAGAGCAUGGUGCAGUACCUGAAGUCCGUGGACGUCCCUGAGGACAGGAUCGUCCUCAUCACGCCGCCCCCACUCUGGGAGGCUGCGUGGGAGCAGGAGUGCCUCCUGCAAGGCUGCAAAUUAAAUCGUCUGAACUCGGUUGUUGGUGAAUACGCAGGCGCCUGCCUCCAGGUGGCCCACGACUGUGGGAUCGAUGUCCUUGACCUGUGGACCCUGAUGCAGAAGGACACACAGGACUUCUCGUCCUAUCUGUCAGAUGGACUGCACUUGUCACCAAAGGGAAAUGAGUUCUUGUUCUCCCACCUGUGGCCUCUGAUAGAGAAGAAAGUCUCCUCCUUGCCUUUGCUGCUCCCUUACUGGCGAGACGUAGCAGAAGCCAAACCAGAACUAAGUCUUCUGGGAGACGGGGACCAUUAACCAUAGAAAACCAAAUCUGGCCAUUAACUUGCCGGAAGUGACAAAGAUAAGUGAUCAGACCUUUCUUUGCUCAUGACCUUGGAAUAAAAAACGCUGAACCUCCCCCACCAAGAUUAAUAAAAGCAUUAGAAUUUUUA